AUGGAGAGUCACCAACACUUCAUUGCUGAACAGGAUGCAGAUCAAGCAGGCAAUAAUCCCCCUCCCCUUCCUGACACACCAGAUGUUGUAGCUUCCAACAGCGUUUCAGUACCAGUGUCCGCAUACCGAGAAAUUCAAGCACAAGCCCAGCAUAUGGAGAAUGUUCGAGAACAACUGAGGCGAUCUUGGGCUAACCAGAUGCAAGAAUUGACGCGUGCAGACCUCAAGAAGCACAGCCUCCCGCUUGCUCCUAUUAAGAGAAUCAUGAAAGCUGAUAACGAUAUUAGGAUGAUCGCGCAUGAAGCUUUACCAUUAUUUGCUAAAGCAUGUGAGAUGUUCAUAGUUGAUAUGACAUCACAAGCCUGGAUUGUCACGGAAGAGGACAAGAGAAGGACUGUCCAGAAAAAGGAUAUCGUUGAAGCAGUUCUUAAAACAAAUAUGUUUGAUUUUCUUGACAACAUAAUUCCAAGAGAUGAAGUGAAGAAAAGAAUUCUCAAAGCCAAAAAUGCGAGACAAGGGGCAAGUUCAUCUACUGAUAGUGGAAGUCAUGGCAACAAUGCAUCGAGUGUGACAAGAGCUGUUGUUCAGCAACCCCCACCGUUUGUCCCUUUGUUUCAGCCAGUACCACAGAUCCCGCAAUCCUUUAUGUCUAUGCCUCAGCCUCAGUCCCAGCAAAACCAGGAGAUGCCGUUUAUUCCCUGGCCACAGGCUCAGCAGAUCCCGGGGCAGCAUCUGCCAGUUAUUCCCUGGCCGCAAGCUCAGCAGCAUCUGUACCAGCAGCCCUCGUUUAUUCCCUGGCCACAGACUCAGCAGACCCCGGAGCAGCAACUGCCAAUUAUUCCCUGGCCACAAGCCCAGCAGCAUCUGUACCAGCAGCCCCCGUUUAUUCCCUGGCCACAGAUUCAGCAGAUCCCGGAGCAGCAUCUGUCAUUUAAUUCCUGGCCACAAGCUCAGCAGCUUCUGGACCAGCAGACCCCGGAGCAGCCUCUUAUAUCUUGUACUCAAGCUGAGAACACUACUGACCAGAAUACCUCACAGCACUUUUCUGUAUCUUGUAUUCUACCUGAGCAGAGUCCGGGACAGCAAAAUUUAGAGCAGUCAUCGCUUCAAGCUGAGCAGCAACAAGACCAGCGGAAUUAG